GCAUCUAACAACAACUUUACUGCUGUAAAUCUUCCAUCUUUCCAUUUCCAAAACCACAAUAAAGAAAAGAAGAAGAUAGAGAGAAUGAGAAAGUAAAGAAAAAUCUAGAGAAUCCGAGAAAUGGUUUCUCUACAUCAACAUCCGGGUUCUUUCACUGGAAUGUUGAUGCUAGUAAUUUUUUCAGUUCUGAUAUCUUCUUCAUCAUCAUCAAAAUUACAACAGAAGGUUAAUGUUUGUAGCAAGAGAAAUCCGGUAAUAUUUACUUUUGGAGAUUCAAAUACCGAUACGGGUGGACUUGUUGCUGGACUCGGGUUCAAUGUUAAUUUACCAAACGGUCGUUCUUUCUUCCGUUCUUCAACUGGUCGUUUAUCUGAUGGACGUUUGAUUAUUGAUUUUCUCUGUGAAAGUUUGAAUACGGGAUAUUUGAGUCCAUAUCUGGAUUCAAUGAGAGGAUCGGAUUUUGCAAAUGGCGCUAAUUUUGCUGUUGUAGGAUCAUCAACUCUACCGAAGUUCGUUCCGUUUGCCUUGAACAUCCAAAUCAUGCAAUUCCAACACUUCAAGAAUCACUCUUCUCAAUUAGCCGCUACCAAAGGUUCAGGGAAAGUUAUCGAUGACGAAGGAUUCAAAAAUGCACUUUAUUAUAUUGACAUUGGACAGAAUGAUCUUGCCGAUACCUUCCGUAAAAAUGUUUCUUAUGCUCGAGUUGUUAAAAAAAUCCCCGAGAUGCUCGCAGAGAUUAAGGAUGCUAUUCAAACUAUAUAUGAUGAAGGUGGGAGGAAUUUUUGGAUCCACAACACCGGACCGUUGGGGUGUCUACCUCAAAUGCUUACAUCAGUUCGCGAGAAAAUCAAAGUUUUAGACCGACAUGGAUGUAUUCGAACCUACAAUGAUGCUGCUAAAGUUUAUAAUGAUGGACUGCGUGCACUUUGUGCAGAACUAAGAACAGAACUGAAGGGAACAACAAUUGUUUAUGUUGAUAUAUUCAAGCUUAAGUAUGACCUCGUUGUCAAUGCUAACAAAUAUGGUUUCAAGAGUCCCUUAAUGGCAUGCUGCGGACAUGGUGGGAGCCCUUAUAACUACAAUGCUAGCUACAUAUGCGGUCAUCCAAAAUGCGGCGUUUGUGAAGAGGGGGCCAAAUUUAUAAGCUGGGAUGGAACUCAUUAUACUGAAGCUGCUAAUACAAUUGUCGCUUCGAAUAUACUUUCCAGCACAUAUUCUACACCAAAUCUAAAGUUCGACUACUUCUGUAACGCGUAAUCAGUUAAUCUUUCACAUUCGGCCGAUUUUUAUUAUAUUAUGUGUGCAUGUAUGGAAGUUCUUGCUAAGUCUGCCCAGCCAUGUGUGUUUAGCGAUGUUUUUAUCCGACGUUUCCCUCAUGUAACAUCCCACAUUUGAGACUAGCUAGUUACUAGUACAUUAGAUAUGUAAAGGUCAGAAUGACUAAUAUUGUUGGUCCUGGGUGCAUCAAAGAGCUUUAGAUAUGCAGUACGUACUACUCCAAAUUAUAGUCAUAUGAUCUGCAAAGUAUUCUUGGGCUUCUUUUUCCCCAGUUAAACUACUUACUCCCUAUUCAGAGCAAAGGUCAGUGGUAGAGGCUUGCAAUACACAGCAUCACACAACAGGCGAGUGAAGAGCUGGUUCAGCAUCACAUAACAGGCGAGUAAAGCUAUGUAAAAAUUGUAAAUUAAACUAUCCCUGAUUAAAGGUUGGUCAAUUGUGAAUCAAUGAUGAAUAUAAAUUACUUAGUAAGGUCCAA